CCGAAAUGUAUUUAUUUCACACCCCUUACCUCCAAACGAUGCGAAACAUUUCUUACCUGCCAGCAAUAUUGCAGUGUCUAACAUAUGAAGAUGUGACCCUUGCUGCUUACGCAUGUAUGGAGUGCUUAGGGUAGAUGCGCGCGUCUGUAUACAUGAGCUGUGUACAGCUCUGCUCAAGUCCCCCUCAGUACCGGUUUGACUGUGGCGAAGGGUGUACGGCUCCUGAAUUUCAGCCGGCUUUUGGACUAGACGCGAAUUGUUUUCAGUGUUGUGCAGUGAUAAUUGACUUGUUGUGGUCGGACUUUGGUUGUUCGUCAUGGUUUCAUAAGAUGAGCGAAGUAGAAGAGAAUGAAGCGAGCCCUCCAGGAGCACCUCACGUCUGUCUGAAGACGUGGCACUAGACAGCAAUAUGACCACCCGGACUAUUCUGACGUCCCUGCUGGCCGUCUUUUGUUUUUACACAGAUCCAGUAAAUGGUGGGCUAAGUGACGACUAUGUGAGCAGCGGAGAAGCACCAUACAUCAUCGAACAGCCUUUGGACGUCACGGUGGCUCGUCACCAGCCGGCCACUCUCAACUGUCGUGCUGGAGGCUCACCUUCGCCUAACAUAAAAUGGUACAAAGGAGGCGUGCUGGUAGUCUCCGACACCCACCGUAGUCUGCUGCCUGCAGGUGGCCUGUUUUUCUUAAGAGCGACGCACGGUAGAGCUCACUCAGAUGCAGGAGUUUAUUGGUGUGAAGCAACGAAUUCAUACGGAACAGCUAGGAGUAGAAAUGCAACGUUACAUGUAGCAGUGUUACGUGAGGACUUUAGACUAGAGCCAGUGUCAACACAAACCGCGCAAGGUGAAACUGUAAUAUUGGAAUGUUCGCCGCCACGAGGAUCGCCCGAACCGACUAUUUACUGGAAGAAAAACGGCCAGGCCCUGCAUUUUGAUGGCGAUUCCAGAAUGCAUUUAGUGGAUGGUGGUAGUCUAGUUAUACAAGACGCGCGGCAAACUGAUGCCGGCAGAUAUCAAUGUAUAGCUCGGAAUCCAGCGGGGACAAGGGAAUCGACUGUUGCUACGCUACGAAUCCACAUUAAGCCGUACUUAAUAACGGGCCCCGAGGACGUGGUGGCGCAGACCGGCGGCAGCGUGACGUUCCAAUGCCGAGUGGGUGGCGACCCCCUCCCGGAUGUGCUGUGGCGGAGGACGGCCGGAGGAGGCAACAUGCCACUCGGCCGCGUCAAAGUUCUAGACGACAGGAGCCUUAGGCUUGAUAACGUUAUUUUAGAAGACGAAGGAGAGUACAGUUGCGAGGCCGAGAACUCAGUCGGCGCCGUAAGCGCCACAGGGUACUUGACUGUAUACGAUCCACCUACAAUAUCGCUUAAGCCAAACUCCAUAACAGUAGAAAGUAGUGCAGCCGCUACAUUUACCUGUGCGGCCUCAGGACGCCCUGAACCGACAAUGUUCUGGAGUUUAGAGGGAAACAGGACAAUAAUACUACCCGGCACGUCGAAGGGCAAAUACCAUGCCACGCCGGUUAUUGACGGUGUCACUACAUUGACUGUAAAUGAAACAACCAAAAACAACAGCGGUAUCACAAUAGUUUGCUCGGCGGUGAAUUUUGCCGGCAGUUCGUUUGUCAGAGGAAAAUUAACAGUUACGUCAGACGAUGACCGCCCACCUCCAAUCAUAACAAACGGGCCCUCUAACCAAACGUUACCUAUAAAAUCGAUGGCAGUUUUCCCCUGCACAGCCGUCGGCACACCUGAACCAAUCAUAGCCUGGUAUUUCGGAGGGGAAGCGCUAAUACAAAACCAAAGAAGGAAUGUGUCUAAUGACGGGACUUUAAUAUUAAGAGAUUUAGAUAAAAGCGACAGCGGCACGUACACUUGCGUCGCCUCCUCGCAUCACGGAAAAUAUGUAUGGAGCGGCUUUUUGCUAGUAGAUAGUCCAAUAAACCCAAAUAUACAUUUCUUUCGGGCGGCAGAUGUAUCGUCACUACCCGGCCCACCCACUAAACCGCAGAUACACAACAUAACGGAAAACACUGUCACAAUAUCUUGGAAUCAAAAUAACAAAAUUGGGUCGUCAUCCAUACUCGGAUACCAAGUGGAAGUGUUUUCGAGAGAAACUCUUUCCGGAAAUAACACACCUAGGAAUUCUCGGGGUUGGGUAGUGUUGGCAAAGAAAAUACAACAAACACAGUAUGUAGCUAGGUCUUUGGUUUCUGGCGUUACCUAUAUGUUUAUAGUGAGAGCGGAAAACUCGCACGGCUUAUCCGGACCGAGCCCCGUCUCCGAUCCUGUAAUAGUGGGCGAAAGUGGGAAUGCCCUGUGGGAAAACGGAGUGUUCUCUAAUAACACCGGAUUUAGAAAUAACAUCAUGACUGAUAACAUCGUAGAACUAAUCGAAGCAACGCCUAUUGACUCGAAAACUAUUAAGUUGAUGUGGGAAAUUUUAAAUUUCUAUUAUUUGGAGGGAUUAUUUAUAUACUACAGACCUCUUGACAAUGCAACAACAGAAUAUCAAAUGAAGACUAUCUUACAUUCAAACGACGUAUCUGGGUAUGAAAUAACCUAUUUAAGGAAGUAUACAAAAUACGAGUUUUUCCUUAUUCCGUUUUAUAAGAAAUUCGAAGGAAAACCUUCCAAUUCUAGGAUUGCUCAAACGCUGGAUGAUGUGCCAGAGGGUCCUCCAGUAAAUAUUGAAAUGUUUAUCUUCAAUACAACGACAGUUCAUUUGAAAUGGUCACCCCCAGAACCUCAUUUACAAAAUGGUCUAAUUACUGGUUACAAUGUUUUGGUGAAUUGGUUGGACUUACCCGCCAACAAAUCGAUGGUAGCCAUAAACACGACAGUACAUCAAGCUACGAGCCUCAUAAUGACAAACUUAACUUCCGGAGUCAGUUAUUCGGUUCAAAUUGCCGCUGAAACCGUUGUGGGGAUGGGCCCAUUUAGUCAAAAGGUGUAUUUGAAUAUCGAUUCACGUUCUAUUGGAUUGGAUCCUUUAUCAAGGUAUCCCGUUAAUGGAGAAGUGUCUAUCGUAGCCGGCGACUUUGUAAUGGAAACAUGGUUUUACGUUUUGAUUGGAGCGAUCGUUCUGUUCAAAGUAAUUGUGAUUGGCGGAAUUAUUUACAUCAGAAAGCACAACAUUUUCGCCAAAAAGUCGUCCGCUCUUCCAAAUAUAUAUGAUUCAAACGGGACGAGCUUAGUUACACAAAUGAACAUAAAAGCCGCAGUUUCCUUGUCUCAUCCGCUCACCAGUUGCUAUAAUAAGAAUACUGUAACAAAAACAGAGUCACUACUUUGGAUGGAGAAUCAGCCUGGAUUAUGUAUGACGGGUACUCAAACCAAUCAGAACAAGCAAAAGAUGAAUUCCGAAUAUGAUAAAGUUGCGCAGCAAUUGCCUGAAUACGCAGAAGUGACGUCAUCUAAAAUCAUGGGCAAUGAAUGGAACACGAGCAAGACGGCCACUUCUCCAGCGGCGUACGCAUCAGUUACGCUUGUUGCCAAUACGAGGCAGUGUGUCAGUUCAUUGGGCUGGUUUCCGCCAGGUGGCAAAAAUAUAGAUAACUUCGAUAACCGAUAUGCUCCAGAUGAAGAACUUUAUCCAGCCAGUAAUGGAGGUUAUUAUAAUAGAAAUGUGUACAGCGAAAAAUACUUUCAAGGUCAUCCAAACGUAUUGAAGUUCUACGAUUUACCAUCAAUGGAUAAAACACAGAAAGCCCAACUACGUUACAAUCAGAGCUUAGAUGAGAGAAAGGGAGAUAAAAACCAAAAGACCGAAGUUACACAGUCACUCAUCGGUCGUACCUACGUCAGCUCUAGGAAAAAUUCUGAAACUGAAACGACUUACAGAGCAUUUGGAGGGGAUGAGUCAGAUGACGAGUCAUAUCCCGAAGACGGUGGUUAUGAUGAGCUACAAGCAAUGCAGUCUCAGAGACAAAGACCUCAGCAUCAGUACGAGAGACCUCAUUUUGAUAACGAGAGUACCAGGACGCUGGCGCGUCUGACAUCGUUCCGUCACGGCCAAGCCUCGACGAACGGUAUCUCGCAGAACUCGCUUGCGCCAGCGCACCCUCCUCUGCCUCCGCACCCGCGGGCGGACUCCGUGACCCGGUAGUAUCACGCCCUGCCGGUUUUCGGCGACUUGUGCCAAACGGACGUGUAGACCGACUUUAAAUUAAGUGUAGUGAUUCCACUCAGAGAGAUCGCAUUCUUCCUAAUGGUGUACAGACUGUUUAUAAAGCAUUUUGAAAUGUUUUGUACCUAAGUGAUUUGGUAAUUUGUCAUGAAUGCUUUAAGGCGAAUAGUGUUAAGAACUUAUGAACGUAUACUAUCGAGAUUGGCCUACUAAAUAUUUCGACUGCCUAAUUUUACGACGCAGAAUCCAUAACUGCGUAUUUUCGAGAGUUUAUAUUAAUUUAAAGUAGUUAUUUUAUAAAUUAAAAAACUACGCCUAGUCGUUUGUAAAUAAUAAAUACAAUUGUAAAUAAUGUAUAUAAUAAUAUAUUAUGUGUGUUUAGUUAGCACGAGAGAUCUAAUAUACUUCGAUGAUAAUGGUAACACGUUAGACCUACAUCAUCACUUGAGAACCAACCCUAUUCACUAACAACUUUUUAAAUCAGACUCAAAUCUCAGUGGUUAUUGGGUACUCAUUUCGUACUAAGAUACGAGGAUUCUAAGAAUAGUGACACUAUGAGUACCUAUUACUAUAAGAUU